CUGCUAAUCACACGCUCUGAAACAAAACAGCACUUCACUUCGGGAUCUGGGCAAGAUCAGACUUCCCUCCCCUCCUUUCCCCUCCCCUCCCUCUCUGCCCCCUCCCUGCUUUUCCCCUCCCUCUCCCCGGCAGCCGCCGAGCCGGUCCCUCCGAUCCGACCUGGCAGGCUCACGCCGGGGGCCGCUGCCGGCUGGGGCUGCCCGAGACCGCGCUGCCCUCCCUGCCUUGUCCUGCCCUGCCCUGCCCUGCCUUGUUCCUGCCCUGUCUUGUCUGUCCUGCCGCCUCCCGGCCCGGCUCCCACCCUGCCCCGCUCCCGGGCACCGCCGCCCCGGCGAUAAAAAGUUGCUCCGAGGAUGGGAGCGCAUCUGCAGCCGCUGGCCCUGCGGCUCCUGGCGCUGACUUUCCCCUUGGUGGCGAAGGGUUUUUCCGACGAAACCUUGGAGAAAGCCGCGAAAUCCGAGGGAUAUUGCAGUCGGAUCCUGCGAGCCCAAGGCACCAGGAGGGAAGGGUACAAUGAAUUCAGCCUCAGGGUGGAGGGCGAUCCAGAAUUUUACAAGCCUGGAAACAGUUACCGGGUGACGCUUUCUGCUGCCACCCCUGCUUACUUUCGAGGGUUCACACUGAUCGCCCUCAAGGAAGGAAAAGAAGGUGACAAAGAGGAAGACCAUGCAGGAACUUUCCAGAUCAUAGAUGAAGAAGAAACCCAGUUCAUGAGCAAUUGUCCUGUUGCUGUGACUGAGAGCACACCUCGGAGGAGGACACGCAUUCAGGUGUUUUGGACGGCUCCUCCUACAGGGACAGGCUGUGUGAUUCUAAAAGCCAGUAUUGUGCAGAAGCGCAUAAUUUAUUUUCAAGAUGAGGGUUCUCUCACCAAAAAAAUUUGUGAACAAGACUCAGCCUCGGAAGGUGUGACCGACAAACCAAUUUUAGAUUGUUGUGCCUGUGGAACUGCCAAAUACAGGCUGACUUUUUAUGGAAACUGGUCAGAAAAAACACAUCCCAAAGACUUUCCACGACGCACCAACCACUGGUCCGCGAUCAUUGGUAGUUCCCACUCGAAGAACUACAUCCUUUGGGAGUAUGGAGGAUAUGCCAGUGAAGGUGUCAAACAAGUCGCAGAGUUGGGGUCCCCAGUAAAGAUGGAAGAAGAGAUUCGACAGCAAAGCGAUGAGGUUUUAACCGUCAUCAAAGCCAAAGCACAGUGGCCGGCCUGGCAACCUCUGAAUGUGAGAGCUGCUCCCUCUGCUGAGUUCUCUGUCGAUCGCCACCGGCACCUGAUGUCCUUCCUCACCAUGCUCGGCCCCAGCCCCGACUGGAAUGUGGGGCUCUCUGCCGAAGAUCUCUGCACCAAGGACUGUGGCUGGGUCCAGAAAGUUGUUCAGGAUUUAAUCCCCUGGGAUGCUGGCACGGACAGCGGUGUUACCUACGAGUCUCCUAACAAACCUACGGUGCCUCAGGAGAAGAUCAGACCACUUACAAGCUUAGAUCAUCCCCAAAGUCCAUUUUAUGAUCCAGAAGGAGGAUCUAUCAAGCUGGUAGCCAGAGUUGUCAUUGAGAGAAUUGCACGUAAGGGGGAGCAAUGCAAUAUCGUUCCUGAUAACAUAGAUGAUAUUGUGGCAGAUCUGGCACCGGAGGAAAAAGAAGAAGAUGAUACCCCUGAGACCUGCAUAUAUUCAAACUGGUCCCCAUGGUCAGCCUGCAGCUCUUCUACCUGUGAAAAGGGGAAGAGGAUGAGGCAGAGAAUGCUUAAAGCUCAGCUGGACCUCAGCGUGCCCUGCCCAGACACCCAAGAUUUUCAGCCAUGCAUGGGUCCAGGCUGCAGUGAUGAAGAUGGUUCCACUUGCAUGAUGUCUGACUGGAUUACAUGGUCCCCCUGUAGUGUUUCCUGUGGAAUGGGAACCAGAUCUAGGGAGAGAUAUGUAAAACAGUUCCCUGAGGAUGGCUCCAUGUGCAAAGUGCCUACAGAAGAGACUGAGAAGUGUAUUGUAAAUGAGGAGUGCUCUCCCAGCAGCUGCCUUGUCACUGAAUGGGGUGAGUGGGAUGAAUGCAGUGCUAGCUGUGGCACAGGGAUGAAGAGACGGCACAGAAUGAUCAAGAUGACUCCUGCUGAUGGAUCCAUGUGCAAGGCAGAAACUACAGAGGCAGAGAAGUGCAUGAUGCCUGAAUGCCCCAUCGACUGUGAACUAACGGAGUGGUCCCAGUGGUCCGAAUGCAACACCUCGUGUGGGAAGGGCCAUAUGAUCAGGACAAGGAUGAUUAAAAUAGAGCCCCAGUUUGGAGGAACAGCGUGCCCAGAAACCGUCCAACGUUCAAAGUGUCGAGUGAGGAAAUGCCUGCGAGGCCCAGGGAUGGAAAAGAGGCGCUGGAAAGAGGCCCGGGAGAAAAGGAGAAGUGAACAAGUGCAAAAGAAUAUAGAUAGUGAGCAAUAUCCAGUUUGUAGGCUGAAACCAUGGACUGCUUGGACAGAAUGUUCUACACUCUGUGGAGGUGGAAUUCAGGAACGCUACAUGAUGGUGAAGAAGAGGUCCAAAAGUACUCACUUUACUAGUUGCAAAGACAAAAAGGAGCUAAGAGCAUGUAAUGUUCAUCCUUGUUAACAAAACACAAGGUUCCAAGUGAUGCACUCUGAGCUAAAUGGAAAGUCAACCUUGGUUUGGUUUUUAAAACAACAACAGCAAAAAUAUAAAGUGUAUAUUAGUUUUCAUUUUUGCAGUGUGGUUUGCUUUUUAGUCUUGCUGGUGCAAGAAAAAUAUUUUAUAGAUGUUUCCUCACAGAUUUAUGCUGAGAGUAAAUCUUUGGUACUCCAGCCAGCCCUUAAUGCAUAAAAAUAGUAAGUCAUCAUGAGUUAUUUAACUAAAAUACAGACAUAUCUGUGGACAUGUAAUAGCCAUAUAGAAAUACUACUUGUAAAGACAUGGGAUGCAUGCAUAUUAACACAAGUGACAUGUUUCAUAUGAGGGAGGAUUUCUCUCUUGAUUUGAUCUGAUUUUAAAAAUCCAAAGCAGUGCCUACAUAAUUACACAACUAUGCCAAGGAGUAAUUUCAGUAAUGCUGGUUCAAUAAUAUUAAAGGUGCAUGUUUAUCUUUUUACACUAUUGGGUUACGCUGAUAGUUAUAAUAAUAAUAAUAAUAAUCCUAAAUACUUUUCUUCAAAUGGAUGCUGUGGUCCAUGCAAAAUGGUCUUUGUUUCAUUAAAACUUAAAAAGAAAAUAAUUUGUAUCAAUAAUGAUGUCUGACCACUACACACUCAAGUCAAAACAGCACACAAAGAAAACAUGUGAAUGUCAUAAUAUAUUUAGGUUCCAUACUCCUAUUUUGGAUCUAUCCACUGCCUCUCAAAAUAGAUACAAAACUAAUAGAAAUUGGUCGAGACAGUUGCAACAGCUGUGUCACAAAGUUUUCCACAUGAGAGACACUAAAAAACUAGAUUCAGUUUCACGAGGAUGUUAAUCACAGAUGAAGAGGGAAAUAGGUUUAUAACAUAACAAAAAUGGUAGAGAAAAGGUGAGCCAGGUUCUCAUGUAUCCCUUAUGACAAACAAAGGGAAGGGAGCCUCUGAAAUGAAACAAUGACAGUCUCUUAAAAAAGUAAUUACAGGUUGACAUAGGAAUACAUUUACAGCACUGUCAUUUAUGUUUGGUUUUUUUACUCAGAGUAUAGAAUAAUCUAAAAAUGACUAAAUUUGUGAAGGUUAGCCAUUUGUAGAUAUAUUAGCCAGGUUAAAUUCCCUCCCUGACCACUUGAGCGAUCAACAAACCGCCUGAGAUUAGAAAAUAGCUCCUCACAUUUCUAAUUGUUAUUUUAUACCCUCUCCUGCAGAAUUUACCUCUCUUCCCUAUGUGUAAUCAGGUGUAAUCAGCAAGACCCUUGAGCUUCACUUAUUAUUGGAAUACAAUAUUGUCCUGUAGGUUUAACAAGAUAACAUUAAAGAGAAGAGGUUGUUGUCUUUUGGGCCAGGAAAGGCAGCAUACACCUAUGUCUCUACAGAAGUAAAAACAAUGCACUGAAAAUAAAGACUGUUGAUACUGACUCUUAAAGCAAGCUUGAGAGAAAUGAAUGGAGCAAAAUUUAUUUUUUGGUGUCUUUAAAGCAGCCUUAAAUAAUUUACUCACUUCCUUAACACUAGGUCAGAACCCUGAGAACCUGACACCUGGGUUUUAAGUGUUCCCACACCUAAAGUGUGUGCACCACAACCCACUGAGGAUGUUCAGCUUCACUGCCACCACCCUGGGGAUCCUCUCAUUACCCCCCUGUACCUGAACAGGGUGCACCCAGACAGGCUGGUUGUGUUACAUCAUAGGGCUUUUCAUCAGCAUUUCUCCACUGAAUACUGCAAGGGCUGCUCAGUACUUCCACAGCUGCUGCAUCCCACCCCCUCGAGGUAUUGUACUGCUUUUUGCAUGUUUGGAAUGAAGGAAGGGCCAGGAAAAUAAUGGAACCAACCACAGUAAUAAGCCUCUUCUGCUGCUGCUAAAUGAAAUGGGUGCAAGCCCACAGUCAACCAAACGAGGAGAAAAAAGGAUACAACAAGGUUUAAUGCUAAAACCAAACAUUUUACAUUUUGCACAGCUUGGCUCACUUAAUAAUAUUAAUUCAGAAGAUAGUUUGCCUUCUUGGGCCUCUUAAAAAAUUCUGUAGUUUAUGUCUCUGUAGCACUGCCAUUACAAGCAUAGCAGCAAGUCGGUCCCUCUCUAAUGCUUUAUGACCUUACCUUCCACAUGACCCUUUUGUGACCAAAACAAAAACCCAACAAAAAAACAGUGGAAUGAUAUAGAAGCUGGAGGAGUGACCAGCUGAGCAUAUUUUGGGUGAAGAAAGAGAUAGCUGCAAGAGGAGGGCUACAGUGACCAAUGCCAGGGCAGAGCUACAUCUGGCUGAGCUGACAGAGGCUGUCCCUACUGAGAGCAUUCAGAAAAGUAAUCUUUGACCAUAAAAUGUGUAGUUUUGGAGGCUUGGAUCUGUGAGAGCCUGGGACAGGGAAAGCAGAAGAAGAAAGUUUCUCCUGAAUGGAAAAAAAGUGUUAUGAGUUCAUGAACCAUAUUUUAUCUCAUCACCCCUUAUCACUGGUAAAGCUAUUCUUACGAAACCAUACCUGUUUCAGCAAAUAAGCAAUUAAACCCAAUGUUGUAUUUUCAUUUUCACGUUUGUUCCAGUUCAUCAAGCUGUUUUGUCCAUUAAAUGCUCCCUUUGACAAAGGCUACAUAGUCCAAAUACAUCUUUAGAUAUAUAGGAAAUAUACAAUAUCUUUCUGACUGUGCUCACAAAACAGGCCAUUAAAACAAUCUAGCAUUCCUUUCUCUGUAGUUCUCACUAAUUUGAUCCUCUGUAUACUUUUUUUUUCACUCUUAGAAGGCUGUUCUUAGAAGUCUGAUUUCCAGUCAUUUCUCUUAGGCUCAUUAAAGUUAUGAAAAUUGGAAAUUAUUUUUUCCCCCACCUUGUUAAUAGAUGAAAUGACAAGGUAAAUUGCACCGGGUCAAAAAUGUGUGAUCAUUCCUGCUUAGAUUCAGUUUUUCACACUGUUUUUCUGUUGAAACAUUUUACAAAUCACUUGUCUUUGUUCUAACUUGAUACAAGAGAAAUAUUUAAGCUUGUUACAUUUUGUAAAAAAAGAAACACAAACAAAAACAAAUGAAGAAAAAAUAAGAGGUUGAUUUUCUAUUCAGAAAAAAAAAAGCUCUGAUAUACAAUAUGUAGAAGUCUUGCAUUGUUACUGUAAACUUUCUAGUAGUGUAAUAGCCACUGAUUAUCAGUCAAUAAAAAUAAGAACUGUUAUCGUUCUGAUGUCCUGAAUAAUCCUGCUGAACUGAAAGCACAGAUGUCACUCCAGUUUUGUAGACCUCGACUAUCAGAUCUUAGCAUUGUGCGUAUGUUUUUUUUCUAAUAUACAAACUGUAGAAGCUUUACACAUAACAAAAAAGAAAAGUUAGGGGCUUUACAAAUGUACAGUAGGACUCUGUGUGUGUGUGGCCUACCAAGUUAAACAAAGUUUUGUUUAAUUGCAUUUUUAGAUUUCCUUCGUUGUUUUUGUUUGCUGUGGAAUUAUGAAAAAGCUCCCAUGAACAUUUCUUACCAAAGUCUUGUGUAGAUGUUUUGUAGCUGUCUGGCUAACAUAUUAUUAUUAUUAUUAUUAUAUUAUUAUUAUUUUGGAAUAAAGACAUCUUUACUA